AGGACGCGCCGAGUCCCGAAAGAGGAGCAGGGGGAAAAGUGCGGUUGGCAGUCCAGUAAUCUAAGACUCUGCCAAGGGGGAAUUCCAAAGGCCGUGAGAGCCUCAGUAGUUGCGCCGCGGCCCGAGGGGGCGAGCGCGACCGGAGGGACGCACUGGGGACUGUUUAUAGCCCUGUCAGGACCGCGCAAAGAGGGGAGGAGGAGGCCUGAGGUCUGCUUGGAUGAUGGCAUGCUGAGAAUCACCCCGGAGCCUGGGCCCGCAUGGCAUCCCAGGACAAAGAUGAGGAGUCCUCACCUCGCUGGGCCUCCCAGACAAGGCCCUGGGAUGCCAUCCUCGAGGCCAUCAGGGAGCAGCUCCCAUCUCUGGAUUCAGAUUCCUCCUCGUCAGACUGCGGGCCAGAGGAGCUGUUCAUCUUCCAGCGAGAUCAAACUGCCCUGAUCCCAGACUUGUCAGAGGACCUGGCUGAAGAGCCUGCCAGGGCCUGGCUUGCUACGGCCGCUCGGCCUCCUGAGCCAGGUGUGGUGCCUGUGGAAUUCACUGCAGAACCCUGGAGUAAGUGGGGCCCAAAGACAAGGGGUCCUGCCUCUCUGCAAGGCAGGGACGCUGACGGGCCUGUAGAGACCUGUGGUGAGGCCUGUUCCCUUCUUCGGGUGCCUGAGGACACCCCCAUGUGGCAGGAAGGCAGUCGUGGGGCUGUGUCCUUCAGCACCCAGGGUCCUCGCCGGGGGCCACACGGAGAAGCCACCUUCUCCCCGUGGGAAUGCGACCUGAAAACAGAACCCCCGGGCGCUGCCUCACGAGCCCAUUGGGGCACAGACUCCACAGCCCACAGAGCCCUCCGAAGGGAGAGAAGGAAGAUGAUUGAGAAGGACAUACUCCAUAAAGUUACCUGGGAUGCCCGGGGCCCAGCCUGCCGUGACCACAGUCCAGUGGAGGAGGCACCCUGUGCCGCAGGAGCGGCAGGUCUGAGACAAGAAACACCCCCGGAGGGGCCCCGGGAAGGACCUCCGGUGCUCUCCCUCAAGGAACUUGAAGAGUGGGAUUUGGAUCACAUCCUUCAGAGUCUGGCAGGGCAAGAAGGCAGCAGGGGAGAUCGCGCACCUAGAGCCACGUGGUGGGCAGCUGACCGCCUGGGCCGAGAGCCCCUUCUGCCUGGAAGGUGCCUGCUGACACACCUCAGGACACCAUGCAGCAGGAGGCCAGGAGCAGGUGAGACUUCUGCCAGCCACAGCCUGUGUCCUCUCUGUGGAACUGGCCAUGGUCUUGCAGCAAGUAUCAGAUCUAUCCUGGGUGGAGCACUUGAUGUAGAGUUCUCAUUUCAUCUCAAGAAUCUGAUCAGAUCUGCUCCGAGGGAGUCAGGCUUCCAGGCCGAGCAGGGCCUGACACUGGCCGAGAGCAGGCAGCUAAGGAGCCCCGCAGAGCCUCCCACUAUCUUCAUCGAUCUGCGGCCCUCGGAGCCAUCAGACCCCAGCUCCAGCCUCAGCUCCAGCUCCUCUGACAGCGAGGAGGAGGAAGAGGCUACAGUGGCCCUCAGAGAUCAGCAGGGCCCAGCCAAGCAGGAGAGUCCUUCCUCCCGCCGCCUACGGGACUGCACCGGGAAGAGUCAGCUUCUCCAGCAGCUCAGGGCAUUUCGGGAGGGGACAGCUCAGCCCAAUUUACCUGCCACUGGGGGUCCCAGUGUCCAGAAGGCUCAAGUCCCUGAAGAUUCAGCCAGCUCCGCAACUGGAAGGAAGCAACAUAUACCAGCCUGGGCCGAGCAGCAGAGCACCCAGGCCAGACACCCAGGGGGAGGUCCCAGGGCGCUAGGGGACACUCUUGGGCCAGGGACAGCCAGGGAGGCCCUGGUGCCUCCCCUGGGCCAACUGCAGCUGCGUCCUGGACCAGAUGGGAGAAGGAGCUGGGCGGAAUGAUUCCACUCUCCAUCCACAUGCCUGGGCCCCUGGCUCUCCCUUGUUUCCGAGAGAAGGUGCUUCUUCUGCAGCACGGGGACCCUCAGGCUGCGGGGCAGAUCAUUCUGUGCACUUAGAGCAAAGAUGCCAGAACACAGUUGUACACAGAGCAGGACAAUAGCGCCUGGGAAGCAGACCCCACCGAGAGCACCGUCCGUGCCAACAGGGGGACUGUCGGGCGUUUUCUCUCCUGUGUCUGCACUCUUCUCUGUUAUUGCCAUCAUGCAAGCUCUUUAUAAAACUAAAACUCAAGUAAAACAUAUUUAGAGAAUUUCAGGGUUUAGGGAAAGGGUCUUGGAAGAGAAUUGAGCCUGAUCUUCUGGGUCCCUGGCUGCUUGCUAUUUAUGUGCCUAAAUGCACACACCACCCGCUCUCUCUCACACACCAAAUGGACUCUUUGAUAAAUAGGGGAAGACUGAAGGUUUUUUUCUUUAACCAAGAUACAAAGGCACACAUCUGUUUUAGGGUCCUUCCAAACUAUGGGUGGAGUUGACCUUUCCACAGAGAUAGAGUACUGAGUGUCCUGACGCCCAAACAGUCCCCAUGGAACAGAGCGGUGCCCAGCCUUGUGGAGGACAUCAUUCUCGUUACUUUGCAAACAUCACCCCCCACCGCCCAUUUUCAGAGUCCUUUCGUAUUGUUCUCAGCCCUGCUGUCCCCAACAGGCUGAAGCCCUGAUCUGUGGGCACCUCUGUUUUCUCGUCAACUUGUUUCCGAGAUUCUGCUUCUCAGAGUCUCUGCCCCACUCCGCCCUGCCUGCCCCAUGGGAAAAGCAGUCAUCUCGAGUCCCCCUGUGACAUGGGCUCAGUGGCUUGGUAGGGUCCUUGGCAUUUGGGCACGUGUCCCAGGAUUCAGCUGGGGUCACCACCUGUUAGCAUGCGCUGAGGAUGGGCAAGGGUCUCUUUCCAUCAAGCCCUGCACCAGGCAAGGCAGGCUCUGCCUGGCCUCAGCUAGUCAUGAUCAGGGCCACAGACCUCACUUGAUAUGGCCAUGGGGGCCCCUACAGCAGCCCCCACCCACAACGAUGAGGGGUCAGGGGCAAGGCAGCUUCCACCAAGGCCACAGGAAGCCCUGGGUGGGCCUACCAGCAGGGCAGUUAACCACACUGUGUCACGUGGGCUCCCGGGUCUUGCCCAUCUGUGAAAGUCCCUCACCCUCUGCUCCAGGGCAUGUGCAGUGUGGUCAGGGCUCAGGCACUGGGCAAGGCAGACUAAACGUGACCACCUCCACCCAUGCAGCCUGUCAGGAGCAAUGGCCAGCUUUUCUUCCUUUGAACCCAUUUUCCGCAUGUCUACCCCCCCUUUUU